GUGAUCGAUGCAUUAAUAACGAGCAGGAAGCCUAUUUGCCAACUUAACUUUGACAAAACUAAAAAAGCAAUCAUUCUAGUUAGUUUAGCAAAGCGACUCAUGCUUUAGUAUGUGGGUUGCCUGUGGCAUUAAAAACACAGGAAGACCAUGAGCUGAAUUAUCGCUGAAAAAAAAUCGAAAAAAAAACCUUUCAUAGAGUUUGGCCUGAUAUAUGUCCAAGAUCAGAGUUAUUUAAGUCUCAUAGUAAAUGCCAUGAACCGAUAUCGUCUCAGGGAUCAGAGUGCAUUCAUUCUUGUAAUUUUUCAGCCGGUACGUAGGAUAUACACCUUAUUGCAAGAAUGUUAUCACAUCSAGAGAGUAUCGGUGAGAAAGGAAUUUUAUUACUGAAACAACAAUGAGCCAUUACAACACUUUUGAAAAUAUUGCUGUCAAAUGAAGCGAUCAUAGCCCAAGUGUACGAAAAUGAGUUCGUGAAAAUAGAUUGCCCCUGUUGCCAAUUGUCUUAUAUUACAGUAUUUUGCGAUAAAGGCUAAUACUCUAAAAGACGUACAAUAAGCACAAACAUGUGAUCUUAAAAUGCGUUAGAUCGGAGUCAUUUUGGAAUCAUUGCAGCCCGAAAUCUCCAAGAGAAGGGUCGCCCGGGAAUGUGACGUCCACGCACGAAUAGUGACUUCCGGUGUUUAUAAAACUUAAAUGUACGUUAUCAUUGUACAUCCAUGUCAUUUGAUGAUAUCCAUUGUUUGCUAAUGUGAUGYACAGUUAACGUAGAUUUAAGAGGAAUUUGUAGACGAUUAAUACCGUGGAUAUUAUAGUUGGAACUUCUGGGUCUGGAAAGACUUGUGCCUGUCAUACAAUCCUGUUGUCAGCCGUCAUUCACGCCUCUUGGGAAUGUUCUAAUAUAUAUGCAUUUAUUUAUUGGACGUUUAUCAUUUUGUUCUAAAUUCUUUGAAUCCUGUUCAAAUUUGGUUGAGUCUGGACCAUUGUAAAGGAAUAUUUGUGUAUUUGGUCUACAAGUGAUGAAAUCUAUGUGCAGACAUUGAGAUUUCAGCGGAGUUUUGCACAUUGUUGCAUAGCUGCCAUUCCUAUAGUAAUGCUUCCAGCGGCGUCUUGACCAAGUUAUAUCGUCUCAGCAUUGUGGAUAGUAAUUGCUUGAAAGCUAACAGCUUUUCUUUCUGAUUUAAAUCAACCUAAAGAAGUUUUCAAAAGCGGUGAAGCAGCUGUAUAGUGGAGGAUUUUAGCGAUGAGAUYGGCACGAACAUUUUCUACUUGAAAAUUGAUAUCAAGACUGAGGUAAUUUGGCAUCAAAGCAACAAGAAGGGCCUAUAGUACUAAUAUAUGGAAACGUAAGCAAAAUAUCAACAGACAGGACGGAUUGGCUGCUAAAAUAAAGAAACUACUUGGAAUCUACUGUCAGGCGUCAAAAUGUUUUCCAAGACAACCACUUCACAUUACGAAAAAGGAAACCAGAAGCCAUCAAUGAUCAAAAAGAAAGCAAGGACGACUAUUCUUAACGUCCUCAAUAAACGUCAGACUCAGGAAAAAAGUCUGGCACAGGCUGAAAGAAGAAGUUUUUCUGAUCAAACAUCACAGCUUCAAUCAACUCGUCGAACAGAUCAAGAAUCACCAAACGCAUUUCCCCAAACUGCUAGUCCUUCUCACCGAGAAAGUGUCCCCGAAAAGACUAUGAGAACCUCUGAGGUAACGAACGAUGCCGGUAGAUACCCGAAUCGGGGACGCGGACCAGAUCGUCAGAAUUCUGUGUCGAGUUUGGUAAGAAAAUGGUCCGCUGACAACUUGUCACCGUCAGCCACUAAACCAAAAGCUGCUAGUUUCACUAGUGCAAGUUUAGCAAAACCCGUUCCAAAAAGUGUUACCGUUCAACAAAGUUGUGUGACGUCCAGUUUUCCCCCAAGUAAAAAACACGAUGACGACGAAAACCGCUAUUCUGUAGUCAUACAAACUAGCGCAAAUUACCCUCCCCCUCUCAGACGUAAAUCGUCAGCAGACGUCACUCCUCAUGACGUAACAGUUAAUGCAAUUCGUGUAUAUGAGGCUACAACGAAAAUGGUCAACGCAGACCCAGAACUCAUUGCGAGCCUGGACAGGUAUCCGAGCAGGGAACCUCCAGUUAUGUCUCCAACCACAGUACAAAGGUUUACGUGGGAAAGAGAUAUGAAUACUGGUGUUGAACAGAAGACAAGAGCAGUUGUCGUUAAAGGGAAACCUUUGGUACAGGCUUCACAAGCGAGUACAAACACUGAUUCCGAAAUGAGACCGAGGCUAGUAUCGGAUUCCGUACAAGUAUCGAUUCCAUUCGGAGUACCCGAUACCCCAACUUCAGAUCGAUCUUCUGGAUCGGAUGGAUGGUCGUCUUCCGUUUCAGUUUGUGUUCCGUUUCAAAUUACUGACAAUCAAGUAAAGCCACUGCCUGUGAGGGGAGGUGCAAGACCCCAGUCCCUUCCUUCCUCUGACGGUCUCGCAAUUGAAGAUCUGAAUGAACUAUUCGACCGUAGUGAUGAACCAGGACCAGGCUCUCUAGGAUAUAUAACCAAUACAGUGACUCACACGAUGGAUCCUGAUAGUUCAGCCAUGGAUAUCCCGUCUUCACGCAAUACAUCUAGMAGUCCUACACUCGUGACUGUACGGAGGAAACCCGACGACGAAUUGGUACAAAAAAUCAUUCAUUUUCAAGACUCGACAGUUUGUAACGAGACCCCAGAUGACGUGUUUGAUAGACAGGAUGGUCUUAGUUUGUCAAAACGCGGUCAUUACUCACUAGCCGAUUACAACUCUACUGUACAUACAGAAGCCAAAAAGAAUUCACCCUCAUUGACUCGCAUUCAACAACAACCAGAAUCAACAACUGGUUCAGAGAAGAUACGACCAAGAGCAACGCUAGUAAAUAGUCAAACCCCUCGCAGCGUCACCAAAGACAAGACAGCAAGCCUACCGGCUGCUUCAAAAAAAGACGAACUGGAUAUGCUAAGGGCUCGGAUAAAACAGCUGGAAGCCGAACUUGAACUUGAGAAAGCAAGACAUGCACCAAACGAUGCAAUUCUUUCAUCGAUCCCGAUAUUAGAAAAAGAAAAACUGAGAUUGCAAUCACAAGUUAAUGAAGCUCUUCAAGAUUUAACAAAAGCUAAAUCGCAGUUACGAACUGCUACAUACACAACAAAUCGGCUGGAAGCUGAGAAAGAUGUCUUAGAGACGAAAUACAGAAAACUUGAAAAAGAUUUUGAAAAGUUGCAAAAUCAAAAUGUUGAACUUCAGUUUGAACGCGAUCAAUUAUUGCGUGAAAAGAAGAACAGGACGAACGAGGACAUGGACAUUGAUGCAAAUCUUGUGACAAUUCAAUCACUUUCACAGAGAAACGAAGAACUUAUUCAUUCACAAUCUGAAUUGAAAGAGCGAGUAUGUGUCUUAGUUAAAGGACUUCGAGAUGUCAAGAAGUCUGUUGAAAAAGUCAAAGAGGAAAACAAUCUUCUUCAUGAAGAAAUUGUUGACAAUGGUGUGGCAAUGGCGGAAUCCAUGAAAAAGUGUUUACUCGGGCUACAGCAAGUAGUUGAGCAAUUUAAUAAUCAGUCAAAUAAUAUGAUAGAUAAUGAUGAAAUUAAACGUUURACUGAAGAAUUAGCCGACAGUAAGUCGUGUUGCAGUGUGUUGUUACAGCGUGUUGUCGAACUUGAAACUAACACAGACGACAACUCUCCGAAGAAUCACGACGGAUGCCCGAAUUGUGCAAAACUUGAGGAAGAGAUCAAAGAACUUCAUAUGGAUUACGAUGAACUUAAGGAAAAACAUGAAAACCUCCAGGAAAAGAUGGAAGAAGUAAGUAAUGACCGAGAAGACCUGUUCCAAGAAACAAAGUAUUUGAAAAAGGUAUUGUCGUAUCGUCAAGACAUCAUGGAAGUUCAGGUCUCAGAAAAAACAAAUCGUCAGCUACAACGAUUAGAGACAAAUUUAGAAGAAGCAGAAAAGAAAUGCAAAGGUCUUGAAGACGAAGUCGGUUUACUGUACAAACAGAAACAAACACUUCUCGAGAACAUCAUGAAGCUUCAUGACGAAGAAGUUGCACAACAAAACGCUGGCGGCGAUGAUGAUGAAGAUGAUGAGCUAAGUGAUGACGAUGAAGACGACUAUUCUAGCGAUGAGCAGACRACAACAACCCCCUCUCCAUCCCGAUCAAAGACUGGCUCAAUGAAAAAGUCGUUGUAUGCAAAUAUAUCGAACGAGGCAGAAUUCAGUUCUGGUGCAAGUUUUUACGGAAGUGAUACGGAGAGCGAUAGUGAUAGCGACCAGUGGAGUGAACUGGAAGGAUCGUCAACAAGAUUACAAGACUUAGUUUCAGGACUCAAAUCAGACAGAAAACGUUUACGAUCAAAUCUCAAAGAACUCAUGCAAGACAAAAGAAGUCUAAACAAAAGAAUCGAUAAAUCGACUCAAGAUUUUAAAUCAUUAAUGAAACGCAUGGAAAAACUCGACUCGGAAAAUACUUCACUCCGAGAAAAAGUGAAAACCGAGAGGCGCGCUUUGAAAUCUAAACUGAAAAAAGAGGAAAAAGAGAGCGAAAGAUUGCGAGAAAAUUUAAAAGACAUGGAGAGUGAAAAGGCUGCGUUAAUGAAAUGUAUUGAAAUGAACAGUGCUGCCGCAAACGAAGUUGAAACCAACGAACCGGCRGAAGAUCURGAAGACGAUGACAUAUCAAGACUCAUUGCCAAGGCGCAAGCUUUCGCACAAGAAGAAAAAGAAACUAAACUGCARGGUACGAUAGAYGAAGAAUCACAAGAAGAGGCAGAGAGUGCAGAUGAAAAGGAUAACGGRGCGGAAGAAAGUGGCGAAAACGAGGAGGCUGAAAGCGAAGAAAAGACCUCCUCUAGCAGCGAAGAAGAGAAAGAAGAAGAGAAAAAAGAAGUUGAGAAAGAAGAUGAACCAUACAAAAGCAGAGAAAGGGCAAUUCCUCCUCCACUUUUUCAAAAAGACAUUAGAUCAGAGAGUGAGGACGAGAAGGACGCCGAUAAAGAAGAAGAGGAACGUGAGAGAUACGAAAUGGAGGACAUUAUGAGCCCACCACCACCUCCACCACAUGCGCGCUUACUGCAACGUCGCGCGUCCACCGUAGGGAUUAACAUGGAUCGUGUGAACCGCGAGAAACAGCAUUUAGAAGAAGAGGUUGCAAGUCUGAAGAAAUAUUUGAACCGAAGUGCUUAUAGACGGAGAUAUUCAACUGUAGAGACCCCCAAGGCCCCGCCACUUGGAGCGAUGAAGACCUUGGAAUCACUUUUACAGAAAUCUGACAUGGAGCUUAAAGAAGCCAAUGCGAAAAUCUGUCAUCUUCAAUCAAUGAAUGCAGACCUCGAGGAACGACUGAAGGACGCUGAAAUGAACCAAGACGAUCUUCGCCGUGCUGUCGUUAUCGCAAACAACUAUGCUGCUGAAGAACGAGAGAAAAAUACAGCAUUAGAAGAAGAAAGAGAUAGUUURAUGCAGAAACUGGAAACACUUAAACGAGAAAACAGUCGAUUGAGAAAGUCCAGGGCGAUCAACGCUGUUUAUCGUAAAGGUGCACGUGGCGUGAAGUCACUUGAUGGCGACAUGGUGGACAGUGACGGUCCUGAUGGUGAAUCAGACCUUUCGUCGGUGUCACGCAGAUCCAGUAACGCAAGUGACUUGUGACACCAAGAAAAAUAUAGCCUUCAAACACAUAAAACAUURGACUUGAAUGGACGACAUUGAAUAUUUUAUGAAAAAGGUCACACUACUCUAUUACUGGAUAAAGAUUAUAACAUGUCAUUUUUAGGGUUUUAACAAAUGAUUUUGAGGCAGCCAUUAUCAAUGAGCAAUACAUUUAGCUAGCUAGUUUGUUAUAAGUGUAGUUUUAUAAUAGUUGUGACCUUGACCUCUGUCGCAGCAUCAACAGGACUAUUCAGAUGGUACAAAUCAGUCAAAAUAAUAUUUUUAUGAUAUCUAAUCAACAUUUUAAGUACAAAUUUGUGAUAAUUAUUACAGCAAUAUUGUAAAGUUUUAAAGUUAUACUGUUUUCAUCUACCAUAUUGAAUAAUAAAUAUUUUUGUAAGAUG